AUGACAAAUUUUUCUUUCAUACUAAGUGAAGUAGGGAAGACCUUUACAGAAGUGCAACUAUUGGGCAAGUGUGCUGGAGCUGUUGGAAACUACAAUGCACAUAAAGUUGCAUAUCCUGAUAUUGAUUGGCCAACUGUUGCAGCUGAGUUCGUGACCUCUUUGGGGUUAGGUUUCAACCCUUAUAUUGAGCCGCAUUACUAUAUCGCAAGGCUUUUCAAUGCAGUUGUUCAGUUUAAUAACAUCCUGACUGAUUUUGAUCGGGACAUAUGGAGCUAUAUUUCGUUAGGUUAUUUUAAGCAGAUGACCAAGGCUGGGGAGAUUGGAUCUUCAACUAUGCCUCAUAAAGUUAAUCCCAUUGAUUUUGAGAAUAGUGAGGGCAACUUGUGUUUGGCUAAUGCUAUUUUAUCUGCUCUUAGCUCGAAAUUGCCCAUCUCUCGUAUGCAGAGGGAUUUGACCGAUUCCACUGUUUUGAGGAAUUUGGGUAUUGGAUCUGGGUAUUCUCUCUUGGCAUACAAAAGUGCACUACAAGGAAUCCAGAAGCUUCAGGUAAAUAAGUCUCAUCUCAAUGAAGACCUGGACCAGGUGUGGGAGGUGCUUGCAGAACCAAUACAAACAGUUAUGUGCAGAUACAAAGUCCCAGAGGCAUAUGAGAAGCUGAAGGAUCUCACAAGAGGAAGAGUUGUCAGCAAGGAGAGCAUUCAAAAGUUCACUAAUGGCUUGCAAUUGCCAGAAGAAGCAAAGAGCGUUCUCUUGAAUUUGACUCCCCAGUCAUACAUUGGAGAAGCAGAGAAGUUGUCUAAGUCUAUCUACGAUCAUGUGGAUUUGGUGAAUGAGUUCAGGCUUUUAUAGUCGUUGAAACAAACGUUGAAUG